AUGAAUAAUGGUCUGCGCCUUAUAUGUGAAUAUAGAAAUUCUUUUACUACCACCAUAGGAUGUUUUGUACCAGCUGGUGCAAUGUAUGAAAUGCCAGAAGAACGUGGUAGCGUUCUAUUUUUAGAACAUUUACUUUUCAAAAGAACAAAAAAUAAAAAUAAGGAACAAUUGGAAAAUAUAUUACAAGAAAUUGGUGGAAAAGUUACAGCUAUUGCUAUGCGAGACAUAUUUAUUUUUUAUGGAACAGUACUUUCAUGUAAAGUAGAUAAACUCAUUCAAUUAUUUGCAGAUAUAAUUUUGAAUGGAGAAAUAUGUGAUAAAGAUGUUAUACAAGAAAAGAAUAUAAUUUUACAUGAACUUUGUCAAAUAGAAUCAGAUAGAGAAAAAGUUGUAAUGGAUUAUUUACCAAGUAUUGCAUAUCAGGGUACUGCUCUUGGUAAUAGUGUAUAUCCUGAAACUGAUAUAAUAAAAAAAUUUUGUACAAAAAAUUUGAUCGAAUUUCGUAAUCGAUUAUUUCAAGUAUGUUGCAUGACAAUGAUUAGCACUGGAUCCAUUAACUUAAAAGAAUUGCAAGAAAUUGUUUGUAAACAUUUUAAAUGUGAUGUUGAAGAUUAUAAAUCAAUAUUUGGAGUUUUUAACAAAAUGCAAUCUUAUAGAGAAUCACUUGAAUACCGAUUCUCAGCUGCUGAAUUACGAUUGAGAGAUGACGAUAAUGAAUUAGGAUAUGUAGCAAUAGGACUUGAAGGAUCAAGUUAUAAACAACGUGAAGAUCAUAUUGCACUUACUGUAGCUAAAGAAAUUAUAGGUUCUUGGGACAAGACAUGUAGCGGAAGGAAUAAUAAUGCACCAUAUAUUGCACACUUAGCAUUCAAUACAGAUUUGUGUUACAUGUACAAAUCCUUUUUUCAUAAUUGGGCACAGACUACUAGUAUUUGGGGCUGUUAUUUCGUUUGUGACAAAUUAUGUCUUUUGGAUAUGAUUCGUGCAUUACAAAAAGAGUGGAUGAAAUUAUGUACAACAAUAACUGAAAAAGAAGUCUGUCGAGCUGUUAAUCAAUGUGUUACAAAUAAUUUAGCAAUACUGGAUGAUCCAACAAAUCGUUUUUUUGAUAUUGUUGAAAAUGUUUUUAGAUAUGGAUGUUAUGAACCUAUUGAACAAAGAAUUGCAGAAUAUGAGAAAAUAACAGUAGAUAAAAUAAGAGAAGUUUCUGAAAAAUACAUUUAUGAUCAAAGUCCAGUUGUUAUAGCACUUGGUCGUAUUGAAAAUUUUCCAGAUUAUCCUAUUAUAAGAAAUGGAUUAUAUUUAUUACGAUAUUAAAGAUAAUUAUAAAAAAAUUUAAAUAAUAAAACAAUACUAGAUUUUCUUUUAAUAUUUAUA